AUGAAUAUAUUUAGCAGACAAAUAAGGCUUUUGCUAAUAAAAUGUUACACUAGAUCUCUUUUGAUCCUGGACGAUAUUUGGGAUUCCUGGGUAUUAAAAGCAUUUGAUAAUCAGUGUCAAGUUCUUAUAACCAGCAGGGACAGGAGUGUAACAGAUGCUGUGGCUGGCAACAAAUACGAGGUUCAUGUGCAAAGUGGACUAGCACAUGAGAAGGGACUGGAGAUUUUAUCCCUGUUUGUGAAUAUGAAAAUAUCAGAACUGCCGGAACAAGCAAACUACCUUGUAAGGGAAUGCAAAGGUUCUCCUCUUGUGAUAUCCUUGAUAGGUGCGUUGUUACGAGACUUCCCUGGCCGUUGGGAGUACUAUCUGAAACAGCUGCAGAAUAAGCAAUUUAAAAGAAUAAGAAAAUCAUCUUCUUAUGAUUAUGAAGCCCUUGAUGAAGCAAUGUCCAUAAGUGUUGAGCAACUGAAUGACAAUUAUAAAGACUACUAUAAAGACCUCUCUGUCCUCCCAAAAGAUGUUAAAGUACCUACUAAGGUUUUCUGUAUUCUUUGGGAUAUGGAAACGGAAGAAGUUGAAGAUCUGCUACAGGAAUUUGUUAACAAAUCACUGUUGUUCUGUGAUCGUAACGGGAAGUCAUUCCAUUAUUAUUUGCAUGAUCUUCAACUUGACUUUCUUACAGAGAAGAAUCGGAACCAGCUUCAGGAGCUACAUAAGAACAUAGUAAAUCAGUACAAGAAAUACUACAAGCUUAAUACGCCUGUUCCCUCUCAAGAGGAUUGCAUGUACUGGUAUAACUUCCUAGCAUAUCACAUGGCUGGUGCCAACAUGCAGAAGGAACUCCGUGAUCUUAUGUUUUCUUUAGAUUGGAUUAAAGCUAAAACAGAAUUGGUAGGGCCUGCUCAUCUGAUUCAUGAAUAUGUAGAAUACAGUUCAAUCCUGGAUCAAAAGGAUAGCACAGUACGUGAGAACUUCCAGGAAUUUCUGUCUUUAAAUGGGCACCUACUUGGAAGGCAACCGUUUCCUGACAUUAUACAGCUGGGUCUCUGCCAGCCAGAGACAUCAGAGGUGUAUCAACAAGCCAAGCUACAUGCCCAAAGAGAAACAGGAACAUUGUAUUUGGAGUGGAUAAAUAAAAAAUCCUUGAAAAACCUCUACCGUCUGGUUGUUCGUCCCCAUAAAGAUGCAGUUUACCAUGCCUGCUUUUCUAAGGAUACACAAAGAAUAGCGUCAUGUGGAGCUGAUAAAACACUUCAGGUGUUCAAAGCAGAAAGUGGAGAGAGGCUCCUGGAGAUAAGUGCCCACGAUGAUGAAGUCCUUUGUUGCACUUUCUCGGCAGAUGGUGAAUUUGUAGCGACUUGUUCAGCUGAUAAGAAAGUGAAGAUUUGGAAUUCAAGAACAGGCCAGUGUAGGUGUGUGUAUGAAGAACAUGGUGAGCAGGUCAAUUGCUGCCAGUUCAAUAACAGAAGUGGUCAGUAUCUUUUAGCUACCUGCUCAAAUGACACUUUCAUCAAACUUUGGGAUUUGAAUGAAAACCGUUGUAGAAACACAAUGAUAGGUCAUGAAAAUUCCGUCAAUCACUGUAGAUUUUCACCAAACGAUGAAUGUGUUGCUAGCUGCUCAACAGAUGGAACAGUAAAGCUUUGGGAAUCACGCUCGGGAAAUAUACUGGAAAGUAUUGAGAUAAAGGAUUUCUUCAAAAAUGCAGAUGAGCAACCAGAUGAUGUGGAGGUUUUAGUAAAGUGUUGCUCUUGGUCCAGAAAUGGUGACAUGAUUUUGGUAGUAGCCAAAAACAAGCUUUUGCUUUUUGAUGUUAAAACAUGUAAUCUGUUAUCACAAGUCGUCAUAAGUCAUCACAGUACAAUCCAAUACUGUGACUUUUGUCCUGGUGAUGAGUUAGUAGCAGUUGCUUUGUCUCACUGUUCUGUUGAGUUAUGGAAUAUUAAAUAUUUGUCAAAAGUGGCGUAUUGCAGGGGACACAUGAGCUGGGUUCACUGUGUGACUUUUUCACCAGAUGGAUCUUUAUUUCUGACAUCAUCUGAUGACCAGACAAUACGUAUUUGGGAAACAAAGAAGGUGUGCAAGUCUUCUGAUGCUGUGCUAAAAAGUGAACUUGAUGUUGUAUUUCACAAUGGUGAAGUGCUGAUUUUAGCAAUUUACAAUCAGAAGUGUUUACAACUUAUCAGUGGAAAUGAAGACAGUGUUAUUAUGCAGACAGCAGCUCAAGAAUCCCCCAUUUCCUGUUGUUGCUUAAGUGAAGACCUUAAAUUGGCAGCUUUUGGACUGGAGAAUGGAACAAUAAAGAUAUUACAGUUGUUGGAUGGGAAAGUUCUGAAGUCUCAGGAGGCCUACAGGACUUCUGUGCAGCAUUGUCAAUUUACAUCUGAUUGUCAGAUUCUCAUUUCAAGUGCUCAUGAUUCAGUUAUACAGGUGUGGCAUUGGCAGUUGAAUGAAUGUGUGUUUCUAAGAGGGCACAAGGAAGCAGUCAAGGAUUUUAGACUUCUGGAAAAUUCAGAACUUCUUUCUUGGUCAUUUGAUGGAACCGUUAAGGUUUGGAAUAUCACUACUGGAAACACAGAAAAGGAUUUUGCUUGCCAUUUAGGUGCUGUUCUUUCCUGUGCUGUUUCACCUGAUGGUAGUAAAUUUUCAUCUACCUCUGCUGACAAAACUGCAAAGAUAUGGAGCUUUGAAAGUUCCUCUGUUCUUCAUGAGCUGAAAGGUCAUGAAGCCUGUGUGCGGUGCUGUACUUUCUCUCCCAAUAACAAAUUAUUGGCCACUGGAGAUGACAAAGGAGAAAUAAGGAUUUGGAACCUUUUAACAGGUGCAUUACUUCACUACUGCUCCCCAGUUACUGUAGACGAAGGAGAACCAACACAUGGUGGUUGGGUAACAGACCUCUCAUUUUCUUCCGACAGUAAAAUGCUUGUGUCAUCUGGAGGCUAUCUUAAGGUUGUGGAGUUCCGAUCUCACAGAGACCUGGAG